GUUUGCCCAAAAAGAAAAGCCAACAACAUUUCUUUCGGACAGCAUCUCAUAAUCGAUGGAUUCUUUCCGGAAACGCGGCCGUAGAGACUCGGAAAGUCUUCCUUUAGGGUCGGAUAAUUCUUCAACCGGGAACACACCUCAGUCGCUUCCUCCCUCCUCUCCUCCUCCGGAAUUUUCAGAUGAAGCAGCAGAAGCGCUUGUUGAGGAUGAAAUUGAAGAUGUUGACAAUGAGAAUGUGGAUGUAGACGAUGAAGAUGGUGAAGAUUUGUUUGGUGAAGAUAUGGAAAGAGAUUAUCAACAGAAUUUGGAGCUUGAUCGAUACGAUUUAGACGAGUUGGAUGAUGAUAACGAAUUAGAAGAGCUUGACCUUGGUGAUCGCAGAAUUAUAGAUGAAAAAAUACAGCGCCGCGAUAUGGAAUUAGAGGCUGCCGCUGGUCGAACAAAGCCUGCAGCAUUUCUUCAGGACGAAGAUGAUGAUUUGGACUCCAAUAUAGGGCUUGGAAUUCCAAGACAUCGUCAUCGUGUGUAUGAUGAGUUUGCACCUAAUGCGGGAGCAUUAGAUGAAGCUGGCGAACUUCCACUAGAAUCCAUUGCAGAUGUAAAAGCUGAUAGUAUCGCCGAAUGGGUAACCCUGGACCCUGUACGUAGAACUAUUGCCCGUGAAUUCAAAAAUUUUCUCUUGGAAUAUACUGACGAAAAAGGCACAUCCGUUUAUGGUAACAGAAUUCGAACAUUGGGUGAAGUAAAUGCAGAGUCUUUGAUGGUUAAUUAUGCUCAUUUGGGAGAAUCCAAACCCAUCCUUGCCUAUUUUCUAGCUAAUGCACCUGCUCCUGUUUUGCGGAUAUUCGAUCGAGUUGCAUUGGAAGCUACCCUCCUGCAUUAUCCUGAUUAUGAACGAAUUCAUUCAGACAUUCAUGUUCGAAUUACUAGCCUUCCGACAUCUUUUACGCUGAGAGAGCUCCGUCAAUCUCAUUUAAACUGUUUAGUACGAGUUUCUGGUGUAGUAACUCGCAGGACAGGUCUUUUUCCUCAGUUAAAGCACAUUCGGUUUACCUGCACAAAGUGUGGUGCUACUUUGGGACCUUUCUUUCAAGACUCAAGUGUUGAAGUGAAAAUUUCUUUCUGUCACAAUUGUUCUAGUCGUGGUCCUUUUGUCAUCAAUUCCGAAAGAACGGUUUAUAAUAAUUAUCAAAGACUCACUCUCCAAGAAUCCCCUGGAACAGUUCCAUCGGGCCGUUUGCCUCGCCAUCGCGAAGUAGUUCUCCUGGCUGAUUUGGUGGACAGUGCCAAACCGGGUGAAGAGAUUGAAGUAACUGGUAUUUAUCGCAAUAAUUUUGAUGCUAGUCUUAAUACGAAAAAUGGGUUCCCAGUUUUUGCUACAAUUAUUGAGGCUAAUCACAUUUCUCAUGUUGAUAACAACGGCAGUGCCGAUGACGAUUUUUCCCUUAACCGCCUAACCGAUGAUGAAGAACGUGAAAUACGCGCCCUAGCUAGGAGUCCCGAUAUUCACGAAAGAAUCAUCGCCUCCGUCUCACCUUCCAUUUAUGGACAUCGGUCUAUUAAAGUUGCCAUUGCUGCAGCGUUAUUUGGUGGUGUCCCAAAAAAUAUUAGUGGAAAGCACAAAAUCCGUGGUGAUAUUAAUGUUCUACUUUUGGGAGAUCCUGGUACCGCCAAAUCACAAUUUCUUAAGUAUGUCGAAAAGACUGCCCAUCGUGCUGUCUUUGCUACCGGUCAGGGUGCCAGUGCCGUUGGUUUAACGGCAUCUGUCCGAAAGGAUCCUAUUACGAAUGAAUGGACUUUGGAAGGUGGUGCAUUGGUUUUAGCUGAUAAAGGCGUUUGCUUGAUUGACGAAUUUGAUAAAAUGAAUGAUCAGGAUCGUACCUCUAUUCACGAGGCGAUGGAACAACAGAGUAUUUCAAUCUCCAAAGCAGGCAUUGUGACAACCUUGCAGGCAAGGUGUACGAUUAUUGCAGCCGCUAAUCCAAUUGGAGGACGGUAUAAUACAACAAUACCGUUUAGCCAGAAUGUAGAAUUAACAGAGCCGAUUUUGUCUCGUUUUGAUAUAUUGCAGGUCGUGAAAGAUACCGUAAAUCCUGAGAUAGAUGAACAACUUGCCAGCUUUGUGGUUUCAAGUCAUAUCCGAUCUCAUCCAUCCUUUGAUCCUGACCUUGAUGUUUUGACAAAAGCACCUAUUGAUACAGGUAUCGGAGCCAAACCAGUUCCUCAAGAUUUGUUACGGAAAUAUAUUCAUUAUGCAAGAGAGCGUGUGACACCUCGUCUACUACAAAUGGAUGAGGAGAAGAUUUCUAGGCUAUACAGUGAUAUGAGACGUCAAUCUUUGGUUACAGGAAGCUAUCCCAUCACCGUUCGUCACCUUGAGUCUGCUAUUCGUUUAAGUGAAGCUUUCGCCAAGAUGGAGCUUAGUGAGUUCGUUCGACCUGUACACAUAGACAAGGCCAUUCAUGUAACUGUUGAUUCUUUCGUUAACGCCCAAAAAAUGAGUAUAAAACGCAGUCUUUCACGCACUUUUGCAAAAUAUUUACUGUGAGUUAUAUAUUAUUUACUCGGAUUGUUUAUCUAUACCUUCGUUCAAGUUGAUAUUCAGCUUUCGUUUACCCUUUUCUUCUUUCUUUAUAUUGUCAUUUAAUUCCAAUCUUUUGUGUUUUUAUUAGAAUUCCCCUGUCUUUCUCUCUGGUAUAAUAGUAUUGCAUUCAUCAAAAAUAUGGCAUGCAUUUACCUAUUGUGCGUAUAUAUUCUAUUAUGACCUUUUAAUUUAUUGAUGCAAGGUCAAUAUUUAAUUAUUCUUGCCUAAAAUAAGAUUAGAUUUCGUAUAUCAAACAAUAACAAUAUGUUUCUGCUGUGCCAUA